AAAACGUCUAUAACAGAACUGUGAAUGUCCAUGGCACGUGUCAGGAAAGCUCAGAGAAACAAAUACCUAUACUGAAUUAUGCACAAUGUCAAAAUUACUCGUUAUUUCAAAGGAAUUUACAGUGUCAAACAUGUUCAGGAAUGAUGUGCAAUGAUUCAGAAGUGGAAAGCUGUCCAGGAUCAGAGCCAGUAUGCCGAUUCGCAUUAUCAAUGGACGGUGUUAAACUGAAGACUGAAAAGUCCUGCAGCACAUACAGCCAAUGUGUUGAAGCUAUGAGAAACAAUGCCCUUACAUGCAAUAAAUGGACCAAAAGCAGGUUUUGUGUUGGUUGUUGCGUCGGACACUUAUGUAACAAGAAUGAUUUCAUAGGCUGGACCAACUCCUUCGUAUUUCGUUUGAUUUUUAAAAAGUUCAACGAAUAUACAAUCCCUGCUGAGAACAUAUCAAGAGCCAUGGAGCAUGAGUUAUUAACGGUGACGGGAACAUUCAGAGUUGAAUAUUGUGGGUAA